AUGGAGAACCCUCAGCUACCUGAGUCUCGCCAGCAGACGGCGCAGCCCCUUUCGUACCCCAACCCGUCUCUCGGCGAUACCGCUGGAUUUGCCGCGACCAAUCUCAGUCAUUGCGUGGCCCCGAGCAGAGGUCAAAUGACGCCCUUCAUGAAGGCCAAUCUCGUCAUGAGUCUUCUCUUGGGUCUUUUCCUGUCCACACUUGACACUUCGGUCAUUGCCACGUCGUUGAUCUCCAUCUCCGAGGAGUUCCACGACCACCACAAUGCGUCUUGGGUUCUUCUCGCCUACAUGCUCACCUACAUGGGUUGCUCUGUUGGCAUUGCCAAGCUGAGCGACAUCUUCGGCCGCCGCCGCAUGCUCUUCUUCAGCUGGGUCAUGUUCAUCUUUUUCUCCCUCGGCUGCGCUGCUGCUGAUAAUAUGCGGACUCUCAUCACCUGUCGUGCUUUCAAGGGCAUAGGAGGCGCUGGUCUUUACAGUCUUGCGCAGAUCUGCCUUCUGGAGCACGGCCCUGCCAGAAACCCAAGUACCAUGGGAGCAUUGAUUGGAAUCACUCUUGCCCUCGCCUUUCUCCUAGGUCCAAUCCUCGGAGGAGCCAUCACCACGGUGAUUUCAUGGCGUGUCAUCUUCGCCUUAAACAUCCCUCUCGGCGCCUUGGCCUUUCUCGGCAUCUACUUCAGCUACCCUCUAGAGCGUCGCGCCCACCGCAUUCUGUCGCUGCGGACGCUCUUCAGAAUCGAUUUCAUCGGCAUGCUCACCCUUCUCAUUGCUUCUGUCACGCUCGUCUUCGCUGUCGAGAGAGGCGGUUCCCGAGUCUUUGAGUGGAACAGCUAUGGGAUCAUCACGGCUUUCGCAAUUUCUGGGCUGUGCUGGAUUAUCUUCGUCGGUUGGGAAGUGUACCUCAACAAGAAAUUCUGCGAAUACCCCGAUCACUUGCACUGCAUUCACAUGGAGCCUGUCUUCACAGCUGCUCUGGCGCGUCGGAGGCCCUACAUCUGUGGUUUGAUCGUUGCAUUCCUUACCGGAGCUCCCUAUGUUGUCCUCAUCGUCGCCAUUCCCGAGCGCAUGCAGGUUCUGGAGCAUGAAAACCCCUUCAAAGCCGGUACCCACCUUCUUCCGAUGUUGUCAGGUACUGCGAUGGGCUCGUUCUUGGCAGGUGCAAUCUGCCGCAAGUACAACCACACGGCCUUUCUCAUGACGAUGGCAUCGGCCACGCAGCUUCUCGGCGUCGGACUCAUGAUGCUCGUUGCGGACGUUGAUUCAUCAUUUGACCUCGGGUACGCAUUCACCUUCGUCAUUGGACUCGGAGUUGGCGUCUCUUUCGGCUCUUCUACGAUCGUCGCUGCUGUCGAAAAAGACAAGGCUGUCGCCCAGGGCGCCAUCGCUCAAGCCCGGGUUCUUGGCAGCUGUAUCGGUGUUGCUAUCUGUACCGUCCUCUUCAACAGCCGCGCCGACUCUCUCGUUCAUCACCUCAGCCCAGAGCAGCUCGCGACGCUUCAACAAGAGCCUACUGCUUCGGCUUCCUGGUCCGCGAGCCUCGUACGCCGCGUCCAGGAAGUAUACGCCGUCGCGUUAAGGGACCAGAUCAUCUUUCUGACGGGCGUCUGUGGCCUUAUGUUCAUCGUGGCCAUCUGCUCCUUUGAGAGAGACCCCAAGCCGAUCGCCUCUCUCGCCGACGCCCAGCAAGCUUUUAAGGCAAGCCAGCAGGAGGAUCGCGAUGGAACAGAGUUGAGCGACAUGUCUAGCAUCCGUUCGGUCUAA